AUGCCAAGGUUUGCAAAAUGUAAAGAGACACUCACUCUCAGAGAACCCACACAAAGCCUUUUCGCUGCCAGUCCUCCUUACCGGAGGCCCUGCAAAGAACUUUACAGACGGGGAUCCCCAGGUGUUUCAUUUGGUUUUUCUGUGUUUAAUUUGACGAAUGCCAUCAUAGGAAGUGGCAUCCUUGGCUUAGCUUAUGUUAUGGCUCAUACUGGCAUCCUUGGAUUUAGUUUUUUGCUGUUGAUAGUUGCUCUCCUGGCUUCUUACUCAGUUCACCUCCUGCUUAGUAUGUGCAUUCAGACAGCUAUGACAUCUUAUGAAGAUCUUGGACUCUUUGCAUUUGGAUUACCCGGAAAGGUGGCAGUAGCAGGCACCAUCCUAAUUCAGAAUAUUGGAGCUUGGUAUCUCGAUAGACAAACACUACUACUAAUCAUUUGUGUUGGCAUUGUGUUCCCUCUUGCACUUCUUCCUAAAAUAGGAAUGAUUAAAAACUGGUCCAUUCCUUGUCCUCUGUCAUUAAAUUAUGUAGAGCAAUACUUCCAGAUUUCAAAUGCUACAGAUGAUUGUAAACCAAAGCUCUUUCAUUUCUCCAAAGAGAGUGUUUAUGCCAUACCUACCAUGGCUUUUUCAUUUCUCUGCCAUACCUCAGUAUUGCCAAUAUACUGUGAACUUCAAAGCCCUUCAAAGAAAAGAAGGCAAAAUGUAACCCACACAGCAACUGCUUUAAGUUUUCUCAUUUAUUUUACAUCUGCACUCUUUAGGUACCUCACUUUUUAUGACAAAGUGGCGUCAGAAUUACUGCAAGGUUAUAGCAUAUACUUGCUCCGUGAUGUUGUUGUCAUGACUGUGAACUUAUGCAUACUAUUUACUGUGCUUUUGACAGUCCCUCUAAUCCACUUCCCUGUAAGGAAAGCUUUAAUGAUGAUGUUUUUCUCCAACUUUCCAUUCUCAUGGAUUCGCCAUUCUCUGAGCACUCUAGCAGUCAAUAUUAUCAUUGUUUUACUUGCAUUAUAUGUUCCUAACAUUAAGAAUGUAUUUGGUAUAGUUGGUUCUGGUACAUCAACGUGUUUGAUUUUUGUAUUCCCAGGACUAUUUUAUCUUAAACUUAGCAAAGAGGAUUUUCUCUCAUGGAAAAAGCUUGGGGCUUUUAUUUUGCUCAUCUUUGGAAGUUUGGUUGGGAAUUUUAGUUUAGCACUAAUCAUUUUUAAUUGUAUUAGCAUUACUUCUGAGCUGACACUGGAAGGACAAGCACCGUUUCCUCAGGCAAGCAAGCUGAGAAAGGACAUUCCAGACAGCGACCACCAAGCAAAGACAGAAGAGCAAGAAAACCACAGCAGAUUCAAGGAGUUGCAACUACUUUGA